AACCAGCUCACGCACACAAACAAACGUAAACAUGGCCAAAGCAAAUCCAUCUCUCUCCUUCCUCUUCCUCCUCCACGCCCUCUUCUUCACAACCCUCCUCGAACCGUCGAGCUCGCAGCCAGCGGCGGCUCCCAACACGGACUUCAUCAAGUCCUCCUGCAGGUCCACCCGCUACCAGGCGCUCUGCGUCCAGUGCCUCUCCGGCUACGCCGCCUCCGUCCAGCAGGACCCCCGCCAGCUCGCCCGGACCGCGCUCCAGGUCAGCCUUGACCGGGCCCGCGCCACCUCGUCCUAUGUGGGGCAGCUGUCCCGGUUCCAGGGCAUCACGCCCCGGGAGUCCCAGGCCGUGCGGGACUGCGUCCAGAACGUGGGCGACAGCGUGAGCUGGUUGAGCCAGUCGAUAGACGAGCUCGGCCAGAUGGCAAGCCAGGCAGCCACGGCGGCAGAGGCGUACGACUGGCACAUGAGCAACGUGCAGACGUGGGUGAGCGGCGCCCUCACCGACGAGAACAUGUGCCUCGAUGGGUUUGCAAGGCUGGGCAUGGACGGGAGGGUGAAGAGCUCGGUGAGGGGGCAGGUGGUGGAGCUGGGGCAGGUGCUGAGCAACGCCCUGGCCCUCGUGAACAGGUUCGGGUCGAGGCACCGUGGGGCCAAAGGGCAGCCCUAGAUCUGGGAAUCACGGUGGGAAGCCAUGGUCAGGGUCGAGACUGAAAGAAUGAUAGUUCUGAGAUAGGGUGUAAAUGGUGAUGAGAAAGACAGUGUUUAGAUAUGAAAACAUAUGUAGGAACGUGAGUUCUGCUGUUGCUGUCCCAUGUUUAAUUUUCUGGAUGUAAGAAAGUUUUGUGAAAUAUGUGAAUGCAAGAAAAAUGAU